AUGAAAUCAAGCACACCAUUGAAAGCCUUGAGUGGUAAUAGUAGUACUAGUAGUAGUGUUCAUGACAAUGAUAUUAUUCCAUUUCUUCAUCAUGAGUAUGGUGGUAACAUGAUGAAUAAGGUUACUACUAGUUAUAGUUUUAAUAACCCUUCUAUGUGUCGAUUAGGGCUUCCUUUAACAGCCAUAGAUAGGUUCUUAUGUAGCCAACAACAAAGCCAAGUCCUUCAUAGGAAACACCAACAACACAAUGAUGAUGUUGCAAAGAAUAAUAAUGUUAGUGUUUUUGAUGAAGAUUUCCACACUAGGUUUUCUAAUUGUUAUUAUGGUGGUGGUUCAAAUAAUCCUUAUUAUAAGUUUGAGUGGCCUAAUUGCACUACUCAAGAAGCAAGCCUUGUUGUUGAUGAUGAUCAUGAUCAUCACCUCUUAGCAAUUAGUAGUGAUGAUCAAGAAGAGGGUUUCAAUUGGCUACAAAAGUUCCUCACAUUGUGUCACAAUAAAGAAGAUGUUCAAGCUUUAGGGGAAAAUCUCAAAAUUAGGGGAAGGAACCCUAAGAAAAGUUCUUCUAUAUCCUUGAUCAAAGGACAAUGGACUCCUGAGGAAGACAGGAAAUUGGAGAAGCUAGUGAAGCAACAUGGUAUAAGGAAGUGGUCACAAAUAGCCGAGAAAUUGGAGGGAAGGGUUGGGAAGCAGUGUAGAGAGAGGUGGCAUAAUCAUCUCCGCCCUGAUAUUAAGAAAGAUGGUUGGAGUGAAGAAGAAGAGAGGAUUUUGGUAGAAACUCACAUGAAGGUCGGAAACCGUUGGGCUGAAAUCGCGAAGCGAAUACCCGGACGAACCGAAAACUCGAUCAAAAACCAUUGGAACGCAACAAAAAGAAGACAAAACUCAAGGAGAAAGAACAAGAAGCCACCAUCAUCAUCAACCACCUCAAAUAAUAAUGGCAAACCCCAAUCUUCAAUUCUUGAAGACUACAUUAGAAGCAAAACCCUAAUUGGUACCAAUAAUAUCACUGCUCCUAUUACUACUACCACUACUAAUUCAACACCAACUAUUACUAGUGAAUCUGAAUCUAUCACUAAUAAUAGUGAUAAUAAUAAUAAUCCAUAUUAUUUAUCUCCAACAAUCAUAGCUGAAUCAUCAUAUGAUGAUGAGUUACUCUUCAUGCAACAACUUUUCAAAGAGAAUAACCAAAUUGUCAAUGGAGAUGCUGUUAUUAAGAACCCUAACGAUGAAUGUGGUGAUGGGUUUGUUCAUUAUUCCAAUUAUUAUUAUCCUCCAAAUCCAGGGAACAUGCACAACCCCAUCAUCAAUUGA